UCAAGAGCCGGAGAACCAGCCGCAGCCAGUUCAUGUCACAAGAAGCUCUGGACUAGUUUACGACCGCGAGGCGUUCAUGUAGCUCGAGUUGAAGCCGCCGAUAUAGAGUCGAGAAGUGUCGGUAACCCGCCCCCGGAGCAGCCCGUAACUCGGGAUUGAGCUUCUGUUUCCUGCCAGAACCAGUUGGGCAAGGAGCAAUUACCGAAACGAUAAAUGGAGGGCCUGCACUCCCACUGCCUGAAAUGCAUCAACAGGAGAUGCAUGGUGAGACCGGAGACGGGCGUCUGCUGCAACCUCACCUGCUGCCCCCUCGUCUGCGGCGCCGUUUUCCACUCGUGCAAACUGGAGGAGCACCGCCUGCUGUGUCGAUACGAGCGGCUGCCGUGCCUCAACAGAGGCUUCGGCUGCCCGUUCACCAUCGCCAGGAUCAGGAUGGCCAAACACCUCGCCACGUGCCCGGCCAGCAUCGUGUGUUGCACCAUGGAGUGGAACCGCUGGCCCGUGAGCUACUCCGACCGCAAGUCCUACGAGAACUUGAGCAAAGACGUCGACGAGGUGGAGCAGCUCGACAUGGCCUUGGCGCUGCAGGACCAGAGGAUGCUGUUGGAGUCCCUGAAGGUCACGACCACCGUGUCGAAGAACGGAGACGAGGAAGCCCACGAAAGGGACAAAAGGGCCACGGCGUCCAGUCUGCCGGAGGCGGCGACGGUGGAAAUGGAAGAGGAGCCGUACGGCGGGUCGUGUCGAGCCUCGGCGGAGACGGGCCGAAGUUUAGCGGCGGCCUUGGACAUCCUCAGCAACGGCACGGAUAUCGACGUGAUCGUCGGGAAUCCGAACGGCGAAAAGACCGGUAAGAGCGGAGCGCUCGGAGACGGUCGUCGCGGUUACGUCGCGGAGGGCGUGAAGAACGUCGAUAUGCGGGAGAGCGACUCCGAUUCGGAGUGCGAGCUCGGCGCGGUGGGCGGAGCGGGCCGCGGCGCCGACAGGGAAGACGAGGUCGAAGAGGAGGAAAGCAUCGCCGCGGAGGAGCCGGUCGACUCCGACCUCUUCUGGCCCGAGGCGCCUCGGGGCUACGCGCCGGUUGUCGCCCUGGAACCUCCGGCGCCACAACCGGCGCCGGUUUCACGCCCGAUGCCGUUCGUGCUGUCGAAACACGUGACGAAUAACUUCCUGCAGCAGCUGCCCACUGAGCUCCGGUUCAGGUGUUUGGAGCGUAAACUCCAGAAUGUAGAAGUGCUCAGAGGAAUCAGCAUGUUCACGUUCAACGGGCGCCGGGCUCUGCUGUCCGACCCGUACUGGUUUCGGGCGAAGAUGGAGGACAAGUCGGUGGACACGUCGGACCUGGAAGUGGCGGACGACCCGAUGGGCCUCAACGGCAUCGAUCUCAUCACCGCGGCGUUGCUCUUCUGCCUCGGCGACUCUCCGGGCGGCCGAGGCAUCUCCGACAGCCGCUUCGUGGACGGCUACCACAUCGACUUCGGGACGCAGACGUUCUCCUUCCCGUCGGCCAUCCUCGCGACCAACACGACGGUGGGCGACAUCGCGUCGGCCUCGGCCUGCGACCACGCCAGCCCGCAGCUCUCCAACCCGAGCCCCUUCCACACGCUCAGGCUGGACCUGGUGCUCGAGUGCGUCGCCCGGUACCAGACGAAGCAGCGCUCCAUGUUCACGUUCGUGUGCGGCCAGCUGUUCCGGCGCGACGAGUUCUCGUCCCAUUUCAAAAACGUCCACGGGGACAUCCACGCCGGGCUCAACGGCUGGAUGGAGCAGCGCUGCCCCUUGGCCUACUACGGCUGCACCUACUCCCAACGGCGGUUCUGCCCGUCCGUCCAGGGCUUCAGGGUCAUCCACGACAGGCACCUCGGCUCGUUCGGGGUCCGGCCGGGUCUGCCCGCGCAACCCGGGGAACAUCCCCCGAGGAAACCCCGCCGCUUCGGACCCCGCCGCGAUCUGUUCAGCGGUCUGCCGUUCGAGGUGCUGCAGCACGUGGCGACCUUCCUGGACGGCUUCAGCCUGUGCCAACUGUCCAGAGCGUCCCACGCCAUGAGGGACGUGUGCGCCAGUCUGCUCCAGAUGCGCGGCAUGGUCGUCCUCCUCUGGGAGAAGACGCGGCGUGCCGACGGGUCGUCCUCGUGGCAGAUCACCAACAAGGUGUGGCGAUUCAGCACCGCCUUCGGUACCGUGAACGAGUGGAAGUUCGCCAACAUCGCCAGCAUGGCCGACCACCUCAAGAAGUGCCAGUUCAACACGAUCACUCGCCGGGAGGAGGCGAUCCCUCUGCCCUGCAUGUGCUUCACCAGAGAGCUCACGAAGGAGGGCAGGUGUUUACGCUCCGUCCUCAAACCGGUGGCAUAACUGAUCCUGAAAGACGAAAAAGGGCAUCCUUUGGACUUUUCCCCCCCGAGACGAUUAGAACUCAUACGUGUAUGUUUCUCCAGGGUUUACAGACAUGGCCUCCUCCUCCUCCUCCUCCUCCUCCAGCCUCCCGGUGGAACAUUCAACAGUUUGCCCUUUUGCUCCAUAAUCCUCACGCCCCCUAAAUAAGGCAAAGCCGAUCAGAGGCCGACGUGCUGCCACCACUGACUGUCAACAAGCUCGCCUUGUGUUUUACACUUUUAUGGAUCGACACUAAAGUGCUAAAAUUGUACUCUCAUCGACUCUGAAAAGAACCAGAUGUUUUGACGUGUAGAUUUUUGUAUUUUGAUAUCAAUAAGUCCGUACUGUGCUCCAACGGCGGUUAAGAGUUCAGCCUUAAUUUCUGAGACACUCGAUUUAAAUCAUGAGAUUGUUCUGAACUCCUCGGUGAGGGUUACAGUUCACCGGCAUCGUGCUCGGUUUCCUAUCUUCUCCCGAUACCGAGAGCGACCGCGUGCCGAGUGCUCGUAGAUUUCAGCGGCUUUGUUCGACGCUUUAAGAUCAGACCAAACAUCUGCGGUCGGCCACGUCACCGGAUCGUCUUCCCUGUGGGUGUUUUGGUUUUUCGUCCCCAUCGUCACGUUUGGUGGUUCUUUUUAAAUGUCGUGCGGUUGUCAUGGCGGCAACGGAGCUGCUGCUCCCUUUUCUCCCGUCUCACCUCUGAGUAAUGGGCUGAGCCGUUGGUCAGGUGACCCGUUGGUCAGGUGACCGGUGAAGUCACGCUCUUCACCAGCCCAAUGACAACACGUGUAGAGCUGUGGUUGGCUUGUGGUUUUGACUGUUCUACCAGCCACUUUUAACCAGCAAUUGUUUGUAGGUUUUAAAGAACAACAACAAAUGUAGCAAAUAAGAUGAUGAAUGUACCUCCUAGAAUAUAAGAAUCCCUCGGUGUGGUCAGACCUCAUAAACCCUGCCGGCCAGGUGUUAAGAAACACGCCUCCCUCCAGUAACGAGCGUCACUAUUUGUGUUUGUAUGAUUAUUUAUCACGGCUGUUUGUUUAUUUGUCACUACAUGUCCACUGUGUUCAAGUGGUGUUGGCGUCUCAGGGUUGUAGCAUGAAGCUUUGUCGCGCUGUGUGUGUGUGUGUGUGUGUGUGUUUGUGUAGUCAGCAGAAUUAGCUGAGAGCGACGAGCUACUUGAUUAUUCUGGGUCUGAGGAGACCCGACCGGUGUACCGCUCAGUAUUCUCCAUUUACAUCCCGGCGUGUGUCGCAGUGCCGGACGAGCAAGUUACACGUUUGUCAUCCGUCGGCGUCGCGUUGAUUACCGGGAACCGGAAUACGCAGCGUGAAAUACGGCGUGAACUUUUUUUUUUUUAAAUGAAGCGAUCGGAUUUAAAACGUUAUUAUUGUUAUUAUCAUGCAUUUGUUUGGUUUGGAUUUGAAAACACGGUCAAACUGACCUGAAGACAUUUUGCUCAUUUAUGUGAAAACAAUUUUUUGCAAUGUGCAAUAGAGAUUGUUUGAAAACUAACAGAUUACUGCGGAGAAGAGAACUCAUAAUCCUUUGAAGGAAUUUACGUGAUUGUUUUUUAACUAUUUUUGAAGUUUGAUGUAACGCCCAAGUGACGACAGAACUAAGUCGUUUACUCGAAUAAGUACCGAUCCAUGUUUUGUUUGUUCAUUUUUUUUUUUUUGGACUGGUACCUUUUUUAUUUUUGAAGAGAAAAACAAUGCUUCUGUAACAUCUAGAUUUGUAUUUUAAUUAUUGAUUUGCACAUGAAGGCAUGUACUGUAACAUUUGAAUUAUAAUGCAGAGGGUUAUUUUUCGCUGAAGCAGCCACAAUUUCACUCCCUCGUGUUUUACAUCUUUGGAAGAUCUGUCGUCAGGUCAACUCCAAACUUUUCUCUCAGGCAUCAGUUUAGUACAUUUUCUUAAUAAUGUAAUGAUGAACCUCGGCCAGAUCUGAUCACAUGCCCUCAAUCUCUCUGUUUAGUGGGUGGAGUUGAAUGGAUGACCUCAGCAUUAAGUUCGUCGUCACCUCUUUCGAGGUUCGUGCAACAAUAAGAGAAAAAAACAUUUUAAUCUGCAGCACAUCACUUUUGUCGUUUGUUUUUUUAGUAAUGCAUUGCAGGCACUUUGUUUUCACUCCUGCUGAAGUGGGGUUUUCACUACAAUAUGCCAGCCUCAGUUGUUUGACUUUUGGAGCAUUUUAAUAAAGAGGAUCUCAGUUUUUAAA